CAGUCCUGAUCAACAGGACCCUCAAGACCACAGUCUCAAUCUGUCAUUUAUGCAUUUGUAUUGCCUGCUUAAUUUCUAUCAAAUUGGAACAUCGAAGUAAAUCGUCCGAUGUUUCAAAUAUAUAUAUAUAUAUUUAUAUAUGUUCUUAAUAGCCUUAGUUGUCACCCUUUUAAAUGGACACACUUCACUGGAUAGAUUUCAUUUAGGCUACCCUGGAUGUUAUGGAUUUCAUAUUUCUGCGUACUAAAAAUGUAAUGCUUGUGGAAACGUCAUUGACAACAACAUAGUUGUGGAUUUUUUUAUUGCGAACUUUUGCUGAGAACAAUUAAUUUAGGAAGUUUUUAUUUAAUUGAAUCUGGGAAACCUCCCUUUCGCGCGACUGUGGACGAUGAGUGCGAUUACUAACGCUCUCAGUGGAUUUCAAAUCUAAGCGUGCAAAUUUAAGAGUGAACGUGACGGAUAGACGUUGGGAUUUUAAGGAGUCAUCUCUCACUUCAAGUAUUCCUCAGGGAUUCUCUUCUCUCUCUCUCUCAAAACCUGUCUCUCGUCUAUCAACGUGCACUCGCGCCCAGAGAAUAGGCGCAUUUUGGAACGCAAAAGACAGUAGAUUGAAAUUUUAACAUUUCAAAAGGAAUUCCAAUACAACAAAUCUCCUCACUCAGGAUGCACGCCGUUUUAACGGUCAGCGGACUCGGUAAUUGCAUCUAAUCGAAAACAAAAGCACACGAGAGACGUGGAAGCACGCCACACUAGGCUGCAAAUUAAGACACCCUUAGAGCUUUGUCUCUGUCUUUGAGAAAGACAGAGGUGGUUGACUGGAGUCAUGGCUGCCAUAGCAACUGUCCCCAACUACACGCCAUCGCUAUGGGUACGGUUAUGCCACGCCAUUCCUCGCCUGGACUUGACCCUGCAGACCCGAGAUAGUGUGUUUACUCCAGACAGCUGGGUGUACCAGCAGACUCUCCUGGUCCUCUCCAGCUUCUCCGCAAUUGCUCUCGUCCUCUCGUUACUUGUUGUUCUGUCCUUCCUCAUCCACUACUGCUGCUGCCAUCGUGGCGAUGGGGGCAGGGACGCAGAGGAGGAAGAGGAAGACGAUGAUGCCAGCGGUGGCCACGGAUACAGCAGCAGAAAGGGGCGCGGCAUCUGUUGUGUCACAUGGGUAUCGGUUGCUGCUGUGACAUUAUGCUGUGUUGCCAUAGGCAUUGGGUUCUAUGGCAACAGUGAGGCGAAUGAUGGGAUGUAUCAGUUGACCUCAUCCUUGCUCACUGCCAAUUACUCGCUGGCUUCCAUCGAUCUAAUGGUUUCAGACACUGUGGCCCGGCUACAGCAGUCUAUCUCAGGGCCCUUGACCUCCAUGGAGAAUGUGUUUGGAGGACAUAAGCCGGCACUUGUGCCCACACGAUCCUGCAAGCGCCUCUCAGAGCGGGUGGUGUCUCUCCUCUCCAACCUGACGCUCACUGAUGGAAUUUACAGGACAAAUGGAAGUGAAAGCAUAGUGGGAGCCCUGACCCCUGCUCCACCUUCUGUAGCCCCCACCCUUAGUCCCUCCUCUAACAGCGUUCCUGUACCCUUCUCCCCUGGCUGGGCAGCCAACACCCUCAUGGUGAAUGAAGACUAUAGGUGGCUGUCGUAUGUGCUGCUACUUUUGUUGGAUCUGGUGGUGUGUUUCUUUAUUCUGCUCGGUUUGGCCAAACAGGCCCGCUGGCUACUUAUCCUGAUGACAGUGCUGGCCUGGUUGGCUCUGUUUCUGAGUUGGGGUUCUCUCGGUCUGGAGACAGCCACUGUAGUGGCCCUGAGUGAUUUUUGCUUCGACCCAAAGUCAUUUGUCCUUAACUCCACUCACUUCAACUCUAAGACAAGCACAGAAAUCCUGGACUACUAUCUGACCUGCAACAGAAGAAUGAACAGCCCCUUUCAACAGCUACUGACCCAGUCACAGAGAGCGCUGUCCAGCAUUCACUCCCACCUUUCCACUCUGGAGAGAGACGCCCUGCCACGGUUUCCAAAGGCAGAGAAGUCACUCAGGGAGGUACAGCAGACACUCAAUGCCACUGAGGGUAACUUCCACCAGCUGGUUGCACUUCUCAACUGCCGAGGGCUGAACAAGGAUUAUGUUGACUCUCUGAAAGGUCUGUGCUUUGAUGGGAUGGAGGGGUUGCUCUAUCUUUCCCUGUAUUCCUUUCUGUCCGCUUUGGCAUUCACAGCCAUUCUUUGCUCCCUCCCUGGAGCCUGGAGGAGCUUCCACAGAGAUUCAGAGGAGUACGAAGACUCAGACAGCGAGAGCGAGGACCCCUUCACUUCUCAUCAGGCACGUAGACAGAUGGCCUCGGGCUCCCAGCAAGGGGCCUUGCCCCCCUUCUAUAGUUACCAGGGGGCCGGCUGGAUCCCCUUUUCUAGCGCGCCUCCGUUACCGACUCCAAACGUUUCCUCCAAUGGCAACCCUGGUUAUGAGAACCUGCCUUUGAGUGACAGGCAGUCCCCACCCCCCUCAUACACUCCCAGCAUGCUGACUGGCUACGGGGGCAGUCAAUCACACUCCAACCCUGCCCAUUCAAGAAACCUGUACUAGCACUAAUUAUUUUUUAUGUAUAGUAUAAAGAAAAUAUAUAUAUAUAUAUAUACUGCAAGGUUUAGUUUUCAUAUGGAUGGAUACUUUAUGGGAUGAGACUAAUUAAAAAAACUAUAGAUGUUCAAAUCUGUGUGUAACGUCAGUACCACUGAAUCUUAGAAACAUCUGGGUGUAACACAAAAUGAUUGACAGAAAAAGCCAUCCACUUCAUUUAGUUGUUUGAGCCUAUCACAUCCUCCCCUAUAGUGUCAUUGUUUACACUACUCAGUGGAAACAAAAUGGUAUUGACAUUACAGUAGUGGUCUAUUUUUAAAUGUAUAACCACUUUAUUUUAGAGGUUUUAUAUUGUUAUGUGUAGUCACAGAUAAUAGAGUGGCAAUGGCACAAUUUCUUUGUAUGAUUAUGCAGUUUUCUCUUCACCUUUCUUUUUUAUAUUUGACAGGAUCCUUUUUUAUAAGUGGCAAUUCUUUAUUACCUUGUAUACCCUCUGAUAUUAUAUGAUAUUUUAUUUAUAUGAUAUAAAUAUAUGAAUAUAUAUUCACUGUAUAAAUGUUUGAUUGUUAAUGCAUUUUGAUGAAAAACCUGUUAAACAUUGUUGAGGGCUAGUGUCCAAUUCCAAUACAAUUGCAUUUUGCCUAUUGUAAUGCAGUGGCCACAAUGUAAGCAGCAAUAAUCAUCAGGACAUCUUGCAAAAACCAUCUGUGUCUGUGUGUCAGAGGUCAUCAUGAGAUGUGCAGUAUAUACCGUAUAAUUGAAUAUUGCAUUGGUCUCUUCUCUUGGCUACCAACCUCUUGUUCAUUCUUAAAAAACGAGUUUCUAUGGUUUAAUGCUCCUUUUGAAUGGCAUCCUUUUUCACUACAGAGUCUAAUAUAAAUUAAAUAAAAAUACAGUA